GCGGCCUGUAAGACACUAGCAAGACAAACCAAAACUCGGCCGCGCAGUUUGAGCUGUGCGCGACCUAGGCUUCUCCUAGCGCCAGGAGUAGUGUACUAGGGGCCCGGCAGUCUGCAGAGGCGCUUGCGCUUGCCGACCGCGUCGCGGGGACAGCUCGCAUUCAAAACGGAGAGCAAAACCGCGGGGCGCUCUGGACGGCGCGCGAGGCCCUGACGCCGAACGCGUACACGGUAGCAGCACCGUAGCAGCGUUGCCGGACAGCCGCGCGUCCAAAAAGGAGACAAAACCGCUCAGGAGCCGCGGACACCCGACGCCGCACGUAACAACACUAAGAUGGCGGACACCCCGGCAUCAACAACCGGCACGAGCCAUGAUUUUGACCUGUCGAGCGACGAGGAGGACGACAUCCUCCAGAACCUGAAGCAGCAGGCCCAGCGCGGCACACGGAGCUCGGCAUCCUACGACCCCGACGCGUCGUCGAACUUCGGCAAGACGACGGCGUCGUCGGAGGGCACGCCGAACUUCGAGUCCAUGCGCGACGCGUUUCGGGAAGCGGGGAUGGAGGCCCUCGAGACGAAGUCGCCCGUCGCCGCGCCGCCGACCGUGGCGAGUGCCGACGAGUCGAUCCGGGUGGACUUUGGCGCUGCCGCGCAACGGCAGUCGCUCGCGCACCAGUCCAUCGCGUCGGUCGACGGCGUGAUGCUGCAAAGCAGAGACGGAGGUGUCGAUGCGGUCGCCGAGGAGCCCCAGCCGCAAACGGACGAGACGUCCGUCUACAGUCCGCCGGGAGCGGAGGAGGAAAAAGCACCUCUGGCGACCGACGCCACGUCGGUGUAUAGUCCACCUGGCGCCUCGGAAGCCCAACCGACGGUGAACACGUCGGCCGACGAGUUUGCUGCGUUAGCCGCGGCGCAGGAGGACGACUCCGAGUCCGAGGAGGAAGAAGGCGACGAUCCGGAGGACCGGCAAGCCCGCGAGGACGUCGGCGCGGCUCUCAAACCCGCCAAAAAAGAAGCCUUGGAGCGCCUCGUCGAGCAGUUGCAGCGCGACAACGAUAGGUUACAAGCUUCCUUACAAUUAGCCUAUGAACGGGCCGAAGCGGCCAAGGGUGAAUGGGAGGCUGAACGCGAAGGGUUGGUGCGCCAGGCCAAGGAGGCCGCCACCGAAGCUAAAUUAGCGAUCGCGUCAUCUAAAAGUCCUACUAAGAGGGAGCCCGGGGAACUGGCGAAGAGCGCGAUGGACCCGAGGGCGUCUCGCCUUGCCGCGGAGUUACAGCUAGCAAAAGAAAGAGAUGCGUUGCGGGAUGAGGUCAAUCAAUUGAAUGCUUUAAGAGCCAAGGACCAGCAGACCAUCAAGCAACUCCAGAGGCAGCCGCCGACGCCGCCGCCGCCGCGGGCGCCGCCGCCCGAGCAGCGAGCUUUUCAAGAUGUGGAAAGGAGGUGUACCGAUCUAGAAAGGGAGCUCGAGGACCAACGCGCGGCCCACGAGUACCGGAUCCACGCUCUUAGAGAUGAAUUUGAGAAGCUGCGAGACGCCCACGAGCGGAAGCUGCGCGCCGUGAAAGCGGAGGCGGCGCGGAAGGCCAAACAACAACCAGUAAGGAAGGCACCUACACUGACAGAAAACACGGUGGUAGGCCCCAAGAAGGCCGCCGGCAUCUCGCGGCAGGCCCUGCACGCGAUCGAGGAGCAGAGUCGCAAGGACCAUGAGGCGAAACUAAAAGCUGAACAGAAGGCCGAGCGCUUACAGAGAGAGCUGGAGGAGGCGAAACAGUCGUUGGUGCGCGCGCGGAACAAGCUCAAGGCGUCGAACGCGCAGCGCGGGUCCACCGAGACGCUCGCUUCUGUGUCUGCUACCUCAUCACCGCCGCCGCCGCGACGGUCGCGCGAGAAGUCGCCUCACAAACGGAGAGAUGAGGAGGCAUCGAGUCCGGCGCCGCCGCCGCCCGCGAAACGUCGGGGCGUCGACGUAGGGACGCAGUCACCACGUAGAAAACACAAAGACGCCGAGGCGGCGUCGCCCGCGCCUCCACAAAAGCGCCGCGGCGUCGACGCCGGCACGCAGUCGCCCAAGCCUAGGACGACCUCGACCGGCGUGCAGUCGCCGCGGCCUCCCCAGGAACCGCGGCGCGCCGAGUCGCCCGCGCCGGCUAGAAGAGCGCCGCGCACGGUCGAAUCGGAGGACCAAACUUUAGUUGCUUCUGUCGAGUCCGUGCCGCCGCCGCCUCCACCAGUGGCGCCUGAUCUCGAGGGCGAGGCCACGAAGGAGCAGCUCGAGUUGAGGGCGCUGCGGACGGAGCUCGAGAGAGAGCGCGAGAUCAAUAGGAGACUGGCGGACGAGCGCGACGCGCCGGAAGAAGAAUUAGGUGUGUACAAGGAGCGCGCGGCGGCGUUGAGAGAUGCGCUGGAGCAGGCGACGCGCGACGCGGAGAAGGAAAUGCGGCUGCGGAGAGAAGCCGAGGAGACGCUCCAUGCGGUUCAAGCCCAGAAGCCUGAGAACGAUGCUCUGACGAGUGAAGUCAACAAACUACGAAGUGAACAUCGAGACAUGGUGCGCGAAUUGUCGUCGUCGCGGGAGACCGCACGCCUCGCGGCCGAGGACGCGGCUCGCUUGCAUCGUGCUUUACAGUUACGAGGACCAGGAACGACGACGGAAGUUGCCGUCGCGGCCCUAGCGGCGCAGGUCGAUGAACUUGAGUUAAGAGCGAAGCGCCGGCAAGAAGAAGUGGCUUCUGCUGUAUUGGAGGCGAACGCGUCCGCGAAGCUCGAGCUCGCGCGCCACGAGACGCGGGCCGCGGAAGCCCUCGCGGCGAAGGACGCGCAGCUCAUGCGGUUUCGCGGCGAGCUCGACUCGCUCUUGGACGCGUUGCGAGCCGCGGUCGCCGACAAAGCCAGAGCUCAGGCGGCCGUCUCCGAGAAAUUGGCCCAGGACCACCUCACGUUUGCCAACGAAGCCUUCGACGUGGGCGCCGAGUAAAUAC